UCCGAUGCAGCCUGUUUAUUUUUUUCAUGUCAAUAACUGGUCAUACUAAUCAUCCUAGUUUCAUCUUUUGAGCAUCAGGUUCUCUUCUGUGAUUUCAGCAAUGCCAAUGCAGGGUUACUUGCCCCCUGGCUUUAAUGAGCAUGAACACUCUGAAACAGUCAGGCUGCUGAACGUGGCUGGGACGGAUCUAGAAGACAAUAGAGGCAAUGACACAAAGACGGAGAAAGCUAAGAGACAAAAAUGCGGAAGGUGUGAUUGUCAGUGUGUGGUCAUUUGGGUGUUGGUGUUCACUGUUCUGUUUUUGGUGUUCAUUGCUUUUAAACUCGUCAUCAAGUUUGGUCCUUUGAUCCUGGUCGACAAGGUCUUUAGCAACAAUGUUUUUCGAGAUUCUGUCAAUCUUAAGAAGCCGCUCGAUCAAGGCCUGAACCACACACGCAACUUCUACCUUCAGCCAGAGGGAAGCGACAGUAUCGGAGUGUGGCACACAGUACCAGAUCUGCUAUGGAAGGAGGCACAAGGAAAAGAAGGAAGCUGGUAUGAGAGCCAACUUCAGGCCCCUCACCCUGUUAUGCUCUAUCUGCAUGGCAAAGGAGGGACCAGAGUAUCUGAUGACCGAGUGCAGCUCUAUAAGGUACUUAGUUCAUUCGGCUACCAAGUAGUCGCAUUCGAUUAUAGAGGAUGGGGAGAUUCAGAUGGCAACCCUUCUGAGAGCGGAAUGAUGCAGGAUUCACUCUUCCUCUACCAGUGGCUGAAAAACAAGACUGGCAACAAUUCACUGUACAUCUGGGGACACUCUCUGGGAAGCGGAGCGGCCACUAACUUAGCCAGACGUCUGUGUGAUAACGGAACACCACCUGACGCUGUUAUCCUGGAGUCUCCUUUUACCAACAUCAGAGAGGAGAUUAACAGAUACACAGGAGUCCCCAACUGUUUAAUCAGGAUCAUCACUCCCAAUGACUUCCAAUUUCCCAGCGAUGAGAAUAUAAAGCAUAUCUCCUGUCCAGUCCUGAUCCUCCAUGCUGAAGAUGAUGAUCUCGUCCCCUUUGAGUUUGGAAAGAAACUGUAUGAUAUAGCAGCUGCGUCUACGAGCCGGAAAGGACACAAGGUGUGCUUUCAUCCCUUCCCCAGCAAUGAGGGCUAUGGGCAUAGGUUCAUCUACCGCAGCCCCCAGCUGCAUCAGAUAGUCAGUGAUUUUUUCAACAUGACUCUGACACAGUGUGCUUGUAAGACACCCACUGCACAGUAGUGAGCAGGACCAGAAAUUAGCACCUGAUGGAUUUGGUGAUGUCGUCAUUUUACUCUGCGGCGACUGCUACGCUGGACGAGUUAUCUUAAAUUUUUUUAAUUUUUUUAAUUUUUUAUUUUCACUUUCAUUAAUCUAUAUGUAGGGUUAAAUUUUAUUAUAUGACGCAAUUCUUUAAAAAAAAUUUUGAAUUGUCCCUCACACAUUAUUAAUUUUACCUCCUUAACAUACACAUACAUAAAACUUGUUUAUCUUUCUUGCACUGUGGCUUCUUCGCUCACAUGCUUUCUAAUCCAGACCUAAUUUUCUCCAGGUAUGGUAACCCCUGACUUAGCUAGUCUUUCUUGAGGUCAUCAACCCAAGGAUUCACAUACUUUUUUUCACUAGCACCUUUUAUUGUUUUUUUAUUAAGAUCACAUUUUAUGACAAAUUAAUGCAGAAAACCAUGAAAUUCCAAAAGGUUCACAUACUUUUUCUUGCCACUGUAUUUAUCACACGUUAAUGAUAGAGAUCAUCCAAAAAAAGUUUUAUAUCACACAAACAUAAUUCAAGUAAAUACAAAAUGCAGAUUUGAAACUAUGAUAAUUUUAUUUAUUAAGGGAAAAGACCUGUCCAAAUCUAACUGGCCUUAUGUGAAAAAGUAAUUGCCCCCAUGCAAUUUCACCUGCCACACCCAGGCUUGAUUACUGCCAGACCUGUUAAAAAAAUAAAUCACUUAAAUAGAACCUGUCUGAUAAUGAUGUGUCGGCUGUGAACGAUGCAGCUAUUAGAGCCGACUCCUGCCUGGGUGCCGCUUUUUCCUCUUCUUUUUCUGUUCAAGCCACACGUUAAGCGAGACACGAGAACGAGGAGGCAUAUAGGCGAGGUGUUGGUUUUGGAGAGAGAGAGAGGGAGAUUAUUUGUGAUUUUGGCGUUUUUGAUAUUGGCUUGUGUAUUCAGGUUUUGACUUUUUGCCUCCUUUUGACUUAAAUUAUUGCUUUGUUCCUUUGAUUUGGUUGCUUGGUUGUUUGUACAUAUUUUGUAAAUAAUUUCACUGUAUAUUUGUGCACUCACCAGUAGUAGGGGUGUGGCUGCCAUUUAUUAUGGGGUAAAGGGAAUUUGUUCACUGUUUUUGGUUUAGGGAGAUAGGUAAGGUAUCUGUUUUUUUUUUUUUUUUUUUGUGUUUUGUUUUCUAGGUCACUAGCUUAUAAAAUACAGAUACCCUUUCUGUUUAUUAUUUUGGCCUGGGUCCACCCUGAAGCCGAUCCUGGUGUUGUGUAUGUAUCUUUAUUUGCAUGUCCUUAAGCAAUACAAACUUUGUUUUUUUUGUAAGCAGAUGUAUCAUACCGUACCAUUGUAUUCCACCUUCUCCAAACAGUUUUAAAUAGAACCCCGAACCAAUCACUUGCUGUACGGCGCCACCCUAGACUGGGACAUAACAGGAGGGGAGGGGCUGGGUUACAGACACAGCAAACUGGAGGGAGCCAGCUCUUUGAGAGAAAAGGCGAUACACAGUUGAGACGCUGGAAAAAGGAUGUAAAUGAGUGACAGGAGAAAACACAGUAAAAUUAGGAUCUGAUUGUAAAUAGUUACAACUGAAUAAAUAAAAUGCAGUAUAUACAAUCAGAAUGGACUUUUUUGUCUGAGACAACAUACUUUAUAAUUUUUUUUUGUAGCACUCUGCUCCAUGUUGAGUAUAAUAAGCCAUAUAAAUGAUAAACAUUUAUUAUAAUGCAAUUUUACAUUAGAAUUUCAUUUUACACAUAAUUUUACAUUAUUUUUGAUAAUUGAUUAAUUUGGGCAA